UGAUUCCCCUUGGGAUAGUAUUCUUCUCUUCCAUUCAGCACUUGAAGGUUUGCAAGGACCCAUUGAGGGGAAAGUCUGGAUCUUGACAAUGACUGGAGUAUUUUCAAUUAAAAAGGAUAGGCAUCUCAAGCACGUCCAUAGUAUUUGGAGCUUUCCCUUUAAGCCAAAAAAGAGUUGGAAAAAUGAUAAUGCCUUUAAAAGACAUUUCUUUGUGGAACCUGGAUUUCAAGCUGAGUAUUUUCACUGUUCUGUUUCAAAACACACCUUUUCUGUCAAAGGCCGGAGAAGAUGCACCCAGAAAGCACCAGUGGAGACCCAAGAGAAAAAGAAUAGGAUGCAGAUCCCAAAUCCAGCCAUUAGUUACAGUGUCAUUAAGAUUCUGGCCCACGCCUUAAGUGCUGCAUCCAAACCUCAGAAGAGAAGAAAGAAGGGAGAAGAGAUGUUGGGGGCUCCAAGGCUGCAGCCGUGGAAGUUCCAUCCAUUUCUAAAGAAGAGGGAAUUGUACAAUCUUUCCCUGCUGAAAGUGUACUUGGAUCAGAAUGGAGGCGUAGCAGCAGAUCUGGAUAUUAUUAGUAGGGUGGUUCUCCCCAAGAAGGUUCCCAUCGACAAGCGAAUGGGGAGUUUUGAAAGACAGAGACUUACAAUCAACCAAGAUGCUUUGUCACAGUUAAAGUUGCUCAACAAGAAUUUAAGUAGAAUGGUACUUUAUUGUAAUCUGAUAUGCCAGAAGACAGAUUGUUUCUCCUGCAACCAUUUUGAAGGGGUCAGAGAUUUCAUAUUUGCCAACGUGAAGAGCAGAAAUGACUUGGCUGAUGUUCAUGUCUACCUCCAUCUUACAUGGCUGAUACCACAAAGUGCACCAAGUGCCCAGAUGAUCAACAUCCAACUGAGAACCGAGUCCAGUGUAUCCGCAAAGGAAUAACCUUCCUGUCCUAUGAAGAACAUCUCAGCAUCAUCCUCAUCUCCUUUGCUCUACUCUUGUUCCUAAUCACAGGCUUUGUUUUAUUCAUAUUCAUUAAAUAUCUUGAAACUCCUAUUGUCAAAGCGAACAACUGGGACCUCUCCUUCAUCCUCCUGGUCUCCCUUCUGCUUUGCUUCUUAUCCUCCCUGUUCUUCAUUGGCCGACCAAGGAAAGCCACCUGCCUUCUCCGACAAACAGUGUUCAGCAUUGUCUUCUCAGUAGCCGUGUCUUCUGUGUUGGCUAAAACAAUCACAGUAGUUCUGGCAUUCCUAGCCUCAAGACCAGGCAAUAAAGUGAAGAGAUGGCUGGGGAAGAGCUUGGCCAACUCCAUCAUCCUUUCUUGUUCUGCUAUCCAAAUUCUCAUCUGUGCCAUGUGGUUGGGAGUUUCUCCCCCAUUUCCUGACUCUGAUCUG